AUGGUGCUCCCACUUUACAUUCCACCUUGCAUCCACACACCCGCCGGCCAAUAUCACCUCCCACCGUCCGAUCAACCCCUCAGAAUCCAAAUCGAAGGACCCCUAAUCGCCAUAGAAAGGCUCCUGCCAGAUAUCCCAUGGCGUCUUGAUUCUCGAGAUCGAGUAUUCCCACAGCCAGCAGGCCCAGAGCUAGCACGGUUAACGUAUCAAACCAUAUACGGACGGGAUAUUCAUCCAGAAGUCCUUGGUGAUCUAGUUGUGCAGGAUGAGUACCUGGGUUGGAUGCCAGAGGAACGCCCAGAAGAGCUGAUUGACUAUUAUGGUGUAACAUUUGACCAUCUCGUCCCGGCUAGUGCUAUCAACCCUGAGGUGUUACAGAUUAACAUUAUUGAGAUUGAGGAUGAUGGUGGUGUUUAUGCAAAUACAUGGCUUUUGUUUGCGGUAGAUCCGACUGAGUUUAUUGGGAAGAAGGUACUAGCAGUGCCGAGAUGUUGCCAGAAGAGAAAGGGGACUCAGGAUCGCUGGCGGGUGAAUGCAAUGGUGGACCAGAGGGUUCAUGGGCGGGAACUAUUGAUGGGAGCUAAAGAAUGGGAGGAUUUAGUUAAAGGUCUGGAGAAGGAUCAAAAAUCGGACGGAAGUUGA